CUGAUGUGGAGAGAGACAGAGGAAUCUAACUACCUGUGUGACAUGUCACCGAUGUCUGGCACCUGUCGCCUGCCCCUGUCACUAUUUUAAAGAGGUCAAGCCUUGGACCUCGUAUCAAAGACCGCAGUCAUGAAGGGCACAGACACAGACGAUGACAUGUUCGCUGACACAGAGGAAGAAGAGGAAGAAGAACACCUCUUCCCCUCCUCCUCCUCCUCCUCUUCAGUGACACCAACACCCGCUGUCAUGACACUCAAAUCAGGUGACGAUGGUGACAGUGACAUUAGGAGGAGAGUCAGUGGCGGUGACGAUGGCACAGGAGCAGGAGGUGGCACUGCGGGAGGUGCAGCCGCGGGAGGUGGCAUCACGGAGCGCGAGUUCUCGUGCCACUGCUGUUACGACGUGCUGGUGGAGCCCACCACGCUGAACUGCGGCCACAGCUUCUGCCGCCACUGCUUGGCCCAGUGGUGGGAGUCCUCGCACAAGACGGAGUGCCCCGAGUGUAGAGAGAAGUGGGAGGGGUUCCCACGCGUCAACAUACUGCUCAGAGAUGCAGUGGAGAAGCUGUUUCCCGAGCAGGUGCGUCAGAGGCGGGAGCAGAUCCACGCCAACCCCCGUGUGGCACACUCGGUGCUGGCCUUCCAGCGCCACGGCGACGAGCAGGCCAAUCGUGGCGCUACCAACGGGGCCCAGAGGAGGGGGGCCGGGGGCUUCUUUUCCGGGGUGUUGACGGCACUCAGUGCGGUGGCGGUCAUCCUGUUGGUGUGUCAUUGGGGCAGUAGGGAGGGUGUGCAGGAGCUGCUGGUCAGUAAGCCUGUGUCCAGCUGGAGUCCCGAGGAUGUGACUCUCUGGUUGGAGCACCUGGGCCCCUGGGCAUCGCUAUACCAGGAGAGCUUCCACACAGAACAGGUCAAUGGCAGGCUGCUGGAUGAAAAGAAGCUGUCUCGACCCCCCUUAAACGUGCCCAAUCAGGCCCACCGAUACACAGCAACGACAGAAACGGCGAAAGUACAUGCAAGCAAACUGAGCAAAGCGAGACAAAAUCCAGUGUUCCAUUCCGGCAGCGCAGCGGUCAACAGGAUGCUGAAGAAAAAGAAAAAGUUGUCUCGGCCCCCCUUAAAUGUGCCCUAUUGGGCCCACCAGUACACAGCAACAACAACAACAACAACAGCAGCAACCACCACAACAACAACAACAGCAACAAUAACAACAGCGGCUGCGAAAGUAGAUGCAAGUGAACUGAGCAAAGCGAGGCAAAAUUCCGUGUCCCAUUCGGACAGCGCAGCAGCCGUCAACAGGCUCCUGACCCUGCUGGAUGAAGAGGAGCUCUCGCGGCCGCCCUUCAGCGUCCUGAACCAGGCCCACCGUCGCGCCAUCCUGGAGGAACUGCAGAGAGUCCGCGAGCUGGGAGUCAAGCCACCGCAGAACCUCUGGGAGUACAAGGCGGUGAAUGGCGGCAAAUCCCUGUUCCUGUUGUACGCGUUGAAGAGCUCCCCCCGCCUCACUAUGCUCUAUCUCUACCUGUUUGACUACGAGGCCAUCUUCCGCCCCUUCAUACACACCUGCUGCCCCGUGCAGCGGCUACAGAAGUCCCUCGACGGACGACCAGCAAAAACACCUGAUGAGGAUCCUAACUGGAAGCAGUGGGCGGAGUUCCUGGUGAAGUACGCGCUGCUGCCCUAUCAGCUGUUGGCCGAGUUCGCCUGGGAUUGGCUGGGGGUCCACUACUGGACGUCGCGAUUCGUCAUCGUCAACGCCAUGCUGCUGUCCGUGCUGGAGGGAUGCGCCUUCUGGAGGCUCUGGAGCCGCGCCGAGAUCAGGACGUUGCCUAAGAAGAUGUGGAGCCACUUCUGGAAGAUGCUGUCUCAGGGCCUGGCCUUCCUGCUGCUCUGGCCGCUGGUGCCCCAGUUCGUAGCCAACUGCCUCUUCUACUGGGCCCUCUACUUCAACCCCAUCAUCAACAUAGACCUGGUGGUGCAGCAGCUACGACACCCAGACACACAAGUGCCAUGAAAUGGAGACGAGAGGAGUAGAGAGAUGAGAGAGGAUGAGAUAAGACAUGGGACACCCGCAUACACACACACACACUCACAACUGCUUAUUCUUCUGGUGGGCCAUAGGCCUUGAGGUGGAGCAGCUACAACAAAACAUUCGAUACACAAGUGCCAUGAAAGGAGAAGAUGAGAAAAUGAGUGAUAGAGACAUGGCACAAGGAAAUGGAAGAGAUGGCAUGCCAUGGAAGGAGAGAUAACGAGAGGAGAUGGAUAAAAUAAGAUAUGGACACAUGUACACACACACACACACACACACACACACACACACACACACACACACACACACACACACACACACACACACACACACACACACACACACACACACACACACACACAUACACAUACACACACACAGCUGAGACACCCCAACACAAAAGUGCCAUAAUGGUGAGGAGAGAUGACGAAAGAGAAGACAUAAAUACACACACACGCACACGCACACGCACACAUGCGUACGCACACACACAUAGGAAGCGUUGUAUGCAUUGGUGUGUUCAUAGGGUUGUUCACAGAGUCCAUUACAUACAACACACACACACACACACACACACACACACACACACACACACACACACACACACACACAUUCUGAGGUACAAACACAUUGUGUUUGAUAUAGACCGAUGCCAAUAGCCAUAAAUACUUGUUGCUCUUAUCUGUCUCACUUACAACGUACUGACACACACACUCACCUGAGAGGAGCAAUGACUUUUAACAUAUUUGUUUGUUUUACACGCACACACACACAAACACACUUGAGAGCAGUAAUGACUUUUACCUAUUUGUGUUACGGAACGCGUCCCUGUGUUUUAACACACAAGCCUCAAAUCGAUAGAGAUGUAAGAUGAUGCUUAAAUUGAAAAAGUAACACAUAUUUUUUAUUUUUCUCGUUUGAAAAUGCCGAUCUUUGUUCACCUUUUUUACAUAUUAAGUUGAAGUUUUAGGGCAACAAAAAUAAAGUCCUUGGCCCCUUUGCUUACCGCGUUCCAGUCUUAGUCUCACACCAUGAUGGUGCGAAACCUUUUAUUGCCUUUGUCAUGUUGUGAGAUGUUUCGAUUAACACAAGACCCCAAGAUGUUCUUUUCUGUAUGUUUAUCAAUGUAUAGCACACUGGGUGAGUAUUCUAAGAACCCGGCGCACCAGUAGUCUUGAAAUACUAGUAAAUCACCUAAUAGAAGGGCUUGGAAUCCUAACCUACGGUAAAGGCAGAGAGAGUAGAGAGAGAGGUUCCAUUGGCCCAUUGUUUCCGGGUUCUAUUAUUGCAAGGGGGAGGGGGGGGAAAUUCCCCUUUAGGUAGACCUAGGCAGACCUAAGGACUGUUCUAUUCAAUGCUAGGAGUAUUAUGACACGCCCCUUUAGGCAGACCGGAACCUGGUCAUGUUAGGUGCCCAUAGCAACCUAUUACAUUGGCAUAUCUCUAUAUACUUGAAGAAUCUCUGGUAAAGGGCACCUGUGGGUCUAUCUAUUGUCAGGUUCACCACUUCCUGUAGGUUAACUUAGCCAGGUUUAUCAUGUAACCGUGUUCUUGGAAUAUCCCUCUGGGUGUAUUGACAACAUGAAAAAAAACAGAAGUGCAUACAAAUGUGUUAAAAUAAUUGGCAUUUGUUUGUUGGGUUGUUUUUUUUGUUCCUGUGGUAGUAUUCUAAGGGCAUGGUUAAGUGAUCCACCUGGCUGAAUGACCCUACAGUAGGGCGUGGCAAAUCAUCUAUAGAUGACGCACAGGUGUCAUUUGUUAAGAAAAUGAGAAAUCAAGGCUCUUCUCUUAGGUGAUUUACCACUACCGCAAAGUGAACUUAACCUGGUAUACUACGGAGUCAGGUUCUUGGAAUACUCUCCCUUGGCAAUAUAUUUGCCUGUCUUCGGGAAAACUCUUGAAACUUAAGCCCUGUGUAUAUUACUUGUAAAUAUGAAAGAUCUUAUAGCAAGAGCUAUCGUUUGACUUUUCCCAAGACUGUGUGCUUUGGCCUGUGUGAAUGUGUGUUUGCGUGUGAGUGAGAGAGAAAGAGAUAUGUAUAAGCUUAUGAGAGAAUGAGUGAAGCAAGACUUGGUGAAUAACUGUAUUCAAGAUUGACUUUUGUUUAGUUAGUAUGUCUUUUUCUUCUUGUUCAUGUCUUUCUUCUCAUAUGUUCCAUUAAUGUUCCCGUUUUGGCUGUGAUUUUGUUGAUUUAAUAAGGAAUACUUAAGACAAGAAAUCUUUAUUUUUCCAUAUGAUUCAUAGAGUAUGCGCACUUUUAAAAUGUUCGUUUGUUAUGACCCACUGUGGUCAUGGACAUGAAAAUUGUUUCUUUCUUUCUAUGUCUGCAAGUUGCCUCACUGAAGGAAAGACAAGUGGGGGCGCACAAGAAAAAUGAAUAAAAUGUUUUUUAAUAAAACA